AUGUUUCCUCUAAUUCCACCUGUCCGAGCAGCCCAGCACGUGGCCAUGGCACCCCUCGCCGAGGCAUUUGCCCUCGGAGUGACUCCACCCUGCCUGCCUUCAUCCAGGCUCGCCUCAAAGCCCAGGCGGGCGACGCACGAAGCUUCGGAGCCAGGCAUGCUGCCGUCGGCCCUUUCAGCAGCACCAUUCCUGGUGGCGGGCGUUGUGGUCCAGCGCAAGAUCAAGGUCUUGGCUGGAGUUUCUCGUCGGAGGCGGAUGUCAAGCGCUGGGGCAGCUGCUGUCACCAUGAGGGCGACGCCGCAGGAGCCGAACGUGGCCCAAGAAGACGAAGCUCCUGAGGAAGUGCCCCCCGCUCCUGACACAGCCGACGACAGUGCUGCCUUGUCCCAGCGGCUGCGGCAGCGGCUCGCUUCUACCAUUGCGGACCAGGAGGCCCAAGUGGAGGCUGUGCCAACCGAGGAUCAGAAGCGGAUUGUUCAGCAGGAGGUUGACCUGAAUGGUAUCGAUCCGACAGCCUGCUUUGUAGGGGCAGCACCUGUCGCUGCUUUGAGCUACGGCUUCUGGACCUUCACGUCGCGAUCGGCCGAGUGGUUCUACAAUCACCCGGUGGAGAGCGAAUUCUACCCCGUCCAGCGGCUGGGGCUUGUCUUCCAAGCCGCCGUGGUCGGCCUGAGCUCCCUAGCUUCUGGCAUUUUCGGCUUCACCGCCUUGGGCAUUUUCUUGCUGGGCGUGCGAGUCAGCAUUGGUGUGCUGUCUGGUGAAUUGGAUCCGGCAGACAAAAGCAAAGGCCUAGGGAAGCGGUCCACGGCUGAAACUGUCUUGGAUGUGUUUACAAAAGAUCCAGUGGAGGUCGUGAGGGCGGAGAAGGAAAGGAAGAAGGCAGAGCAGUUGAGGAGGGAUGCUGCAGCAUAG